CAGAACCACAACUUGGCCCGUCACGAGCAUCACCACCUGACAGACCUCAGCGUGGCCCGCUGACAUCCAUCAUUAUCACUGGCCAAGUCUUGAGGUUUUUCUUCAUCACAAAGCUUUUCAUGUGCAACAUCUGGAGUCAGGAAGCCACGAUGCAGCCACCCGCCCUUUGCUCUCAAAUGUGCCUUCCCGCAUCAUCUCCCAAAGAUUCCAAGUCAUUGCCAAACAAACAUCCAAGAUACAAGCACCGCCUUCCAUGCUUCUUAUAUCUCGCUACAUCAUCAGACUCACAUCGCCUUUCGUCACUCUUCCCGGUAUCAUUAUAGUCAUUCACUAACCCAUCAUGAGUGAGCAAGCACGCUUUCCGACGCCAAUCACUGCGCAGGCAGUUGAGCAACGCACAUCGCUAGCGUACUCAUGGCUCAGAUAUGCCCUAGCCGUGGUGACAGUACCAUACCGCCGAGCCUUCAAGCUUUACACAUGGCAGCCACUUAAGAAGCUUCGAGCUGCCAAUGGAGAUCGCAACGUGUUGAUUCCUUUGGUAAAGACAUGGAAGGUAGAUAAGUACGAGGAGCUUCAUUCGGUUCAGGUCGCAGCCAGCUUCUGCGGUGCAGCAAUAAUCGCAAGCCUCUCUUGGUCCCGCACGGCGAACGCCCAUUGGAGCGCGGACGCACUCUGGUCCAGCGCGCUCGUUUGUGCAAUUUUCGCUAUCAUUACGAGCAUUCAGUCAAAAUCUAUUCUCGACGAUCUCCCCAUGGGUGAACAACUGGACGAAUCACUCGCCGUGUCUGAAGUGGAACGCAUGCAGCGCACCAUCCUACGUUACAAGAAGACGCCUGGGAUUAAGCACUGGGCAAUGCUAUUCAUAUGGCAGUUCCCAUCUAUGACAAUGGCUUAUUCUUGGUCUACUUACCUCGGCGGUCUCACAGUCUACGUCUGCACACCUUUCGUCCAGGAGCUGCCAUGGCAGGCCCGGCACAAGGCAGUUGAACAGAUUGCGGUCACAUAUUUGGCUGUAGCAUUUGUCUGUCUCGUCACUUACAUCUUUUCCACCAUCUUCGUCUAUAUUGGCGAGAAGGACCACGAGAAAUCCGCCAAUAGCUCGCCUGCGAGUAUACAGAGUACCUGUGCCAACACAAUCGACCUGGAGAAUGGCAUGGAAGCCACCAACGCCAGUCUUCAGGCAUCCGUGCAGGGGAGCAAAGAAGGCUCCAGCAAUUCCAGGGAGGGGAAUCCAAUAGAGAUGACGCGAUCGAAGGGCAGUAUCAGUCUUGAACAGGAGAAACGACUCAAACAACAUGGAGAGAGAUCUGGUAGAGCCGGGCGGCAGUUGUUGUACUGAUGAAGGCUUGAAGUUAGUCAGCCCUUGGUAGAAAGGCAAGCACGCGCCCUUGAGAGUCGACGAAGGCUCGCACUCAUAGAGUACAUAAAGCAGGGGCACACACCAUCCCAAUGAACGUC